AGGUUUUUGAAUUUCCCACGCCAGUUCGUGUCACAUCCGGUUCAGCACCACUGCUUGGCCCCGCUUCUCAAAUUUCCUGCCCACACCUACUCUCUCGUAUUAACCAGCCAAGUUUGUCUAGUGAUGAAGUAAUAUUUUCGCCGCUUUCCUGCUCAUCCCCACAUUCGCGGUCGGAACGCAGGUCCAGCAGGACAGAGGACGAGGAGGCGUCGAGAAGCUGAGAUGAGAUAAAUAUGCAAAGAGGCGGCUCCGCAAACCAUUCCAGUCUCGUUUUUUCCAUUAUUUUGGCGCUGAAUUAAAUAUAUGCGUACAUUCAAGAGGAGCAUCUGAUAGAGAGCCGGACAGCUGCACAGAAAACAGCUCUGCAUGUGAUAUCCUCGGAUCAGGUGGCAUCGGCGGCAGAAGAUGCAGCCUGCAAGCAAGCUCCUGAGUCUCACCCUCCUUGUACUGAUGGGCACUGAACUCACCCAAGUGCUGCCUACUAACCCAGAGGAGUCGUGGCAGGUGUACAGCUCAGCUCAAGACAGUGAGGGCAGGUGUGUGUGCACUGUUGUGGCUCCUCAGCAGACCAUGUGUUCACGGGAUGCCAGGACCAAACAACUGAGACAGCUCCUGGAAAAAGUCCAGAAUAUGACUCAGUCCAUCCAGAAUCUUGACCAGAGGACCCAGAAAGACCUGCAGUAUGUGCAAAGAAUGGAGGUGCAGUUGAGAGGCCUGGAAUCCAAGUUCAAACAGGUGGAGGAAAGCCACAAGCAGAAUAUCGCCAAGCAAUACAAGGCCAUAAAAGAGAAAAUGGAGGAACUUAGGCCAAUGAUACCAGUGUUGGAGGAAUACAAGGCCGAUGCAAAAUUGGUAAUGCAGUUUAAAGAGGAGGUCAAGAAUCUGACAUCAGUGCUAAGUGAACUGCAGGAGGAGAUCGGGGCCUUUGACUACGAGGAGCUUCACAACAGGGUGUCUAAUCUUGAGGAGAGGCUUCGUGCAUGCAUGCAAAAAUUAGCUUGUGGGAAGCUGACAGGGAUAAGUGAUGCUAUAACCAUAAAGACAUCUGGAUCAAGAUAUGGAUCCUGGAUGACUGAUCCGCUUGCCCCUGAUGGUGAUACGAGGGUGUGGUACAUGGACGGUUACCACAACAACCGCUUUGUCCGGGAAUACAAGUCAAUGGCCGACUUCAUGUAUUCAGACAACUUCACCUCACACCGGCUUCCUCACCCCUGGUCGGGCACAGGGCAGGUGGUCUACAACGGCUCCAUCUACUUCAAUAAGUUCCAAAGCAACACCAUCAUCAAAUUCGACUUCAAGACAGCCACCAUCAGCAAGUCUGGUCAGCUGGAUUAUGCCGGCUACAACAACCGUUAUCACUAUUCCUGGGGUGGUCACUCCGACAUUGACCUAAUGGUGGACGAAGGUGGGCUUUGGGCUGUCUAUGCCACCAAUCAAAACGCAGGGAACAUUGUCAUCAGCAAGAUCAACCCACUGACCCUGCAGGUCAUCAAAAGCUACACCACCAACCACCCAAAGAGGAGCGCAGGUGAGGCCUUCAUGAUCUGUGGGACACUUUAUGUCACCAACGGAUACUCAGGAGGGACAAAGGUCUACUAUGCUUUCCAUACCAACUCCUCUACUUACGAGUAUAUUGACAUCCCCUUACAGAACAAGUAUUCCCAUAUCUCCAUGCUUGAUUAUAACCCUAGGGACAGAGCUCUUUACGCAUGGAACAAUGGACACCAGGUGCUGUAUAACGUCACCUUGUUCCACGUCAUUCGCUCUGAGGAACUCUAAAGUGACAUUCUCCAUCCCUUUGAGAUAUACAGUAGCACUGAUGGAGUUUAUU